GGCAUCAACUGCUCUUCUCCGAGUCCAGUUUGACAACAAAACAGGAGAAAUAGGGACCGGUUUAAACCACCCGAAAAUAAAGACAAACCGGUGAAUAAACACACCUGGACGAGGUAAACACCAUCUCUUCGCAACAGCCACAGUACAAAAUGGGGCGGAUCUUUUUGGAUCACAUCGGUGGGACUCGCCUCUUCUCUUGUGCCAACUGUGACACCAUCCUGACCAACCGAGCCGAACUCAUCUCCACGCGCUUCACUGGAGCCACAGGUCGAGCUUUCCUGUUCAACAAGGUCGUGAAUCUGCAGCACAGCGAAGUGCAAGACAGAGUCAUGCUGACAGGAAGACACAUGGUGCGGGACGUCAGCUGCAAGAAUUGCAACAGCAAGCUGGGCUGGAUGUACGAGUUCGCCACUGAGGAAAGCCAGCGCUACAAGGAGGGCCGUGUCAUCCUGGAGAGGGCGCUGGUGAGGGAGAGCGAAGGCUUCGAGCAUGUUUCCUCUGACAACUCCUGAGUUCACUUGUGUUGCAGUUACAGUGCUCAAUCCAUGCAUACUACCGCUUUUCCUCCUGCAGCAGUACAUGGACUUGCAUGGACAGUGUGCCAUUCGUGAGUAGAGCUACACCAAAUAAUAUCACAGACUGCGGUCUUUGUGGGAGGCUUUAACAAGAAGAUUUUCCCAUAACCUGCAACAUCUAAGAAUUUCUUCUACAGUGGGUAAAAUCAUUGCUUCUCCACCCAUUUAAAAUCACCUGCAGUUUCAGUGUGUUCUCAACAGGCUGUGAUGUUCGGAAACGUGUUGGUGUGGUGGGAUUUUGGCUGCUGUCAGAGGGAGAGGAUUCGCUCCUGCUGCCCUGCAAGAAGCUCAGUCAGACAGACAGACAGACAGACAGACAGACAGACAGAUUGUUAUGUAGAGGUUUGAAAAGCUAUUAAAGAUAUUGGUGAAUUCUGAUUCUUAACACAAGUCACUAAGCAAUAUGUUGCAACACAUUGCUUUCCGGACAAGUGUUCAAUGUGACACCAAGCCAGAAAUUAUUAAAUAUGUAUUUGAAAUAAAUAAGUAGUGAGCUACUUCUCUUUAAUAUUAGCUGCAUCAGAGUAUUCCCCUAAAACAUCCAUCAUCAUCUUGAUCAUAUUGUUGUUAUUGAAGUAUCUGUUUUGACCCGAAGAGUUCAGAUAUCCCCAUUUUAUUUUAUGUCACGAUAAAUGAUGAGCCUAAAGUUGGACCUGUUUUAGCGAUGAGAAAUUGCAUUCUAAUAAACUCUUGCUGUAAACCUGAUUUAGCUCAUUUAAAUUCCAUGUGCUGUUCAUUUUAAGAGUUUCAAAGUAAUUAAUGGCCAAUUAUUCAAAUGUUUAAACUGAUUGGUGGCAAUUCACAAAUUACUUGAAGGAAAUUGAGGAGAUGCUGUUUUUGUGUGUCAUAAUUAAAUAACUCAAACAUGAA